AUGAGCGCAGCCAUUUCGCUGAAGCGGGCCGGGAGGCCUGCCAUCAUGGUGAUGGUGCGAACGAGGGGCGCGCGGGAAGCCCCGCCACCCCCGCUGGCUGGGCUCGGGGGCCGCUCCCUGUCUGACGAGGAGCUGGCCUGGCGCCUGCACCAGGAGCUGAACGCGGGCAUGGGUUCCCCCGCGCUGCACACCCGCACACGGAACCCGGGCACCUCCACGGAGGGCACCAGCGGAGAGGGGGGGUCCUGGUACCGCGCGCGGGUGGUCAAGGACGCCGGGGACCGCGUUCUCCUGGAGUUCACCGGCUUCGAGGACCAGUUCCCCGCCCUGUGGCUGGCGCGCGGCACGGACCGCAUCUGGCGCGGCUCCUACCGCGGCAAGGACUGGAAGCCGGCGGCGGUCGCCACGGCGGAAAUCGGCGCGGCGGGCGAUGCCGACGAGGCCCCCGCCUCCCCCGCGGCCAAGCGCGUGCGCCGCAUCCUGGACCCCAUCGAGGUCUACGGCUCCAUCCUGGGCGCGCUGGGCGCCUGCGUGGCCGGCCAGGAGGGCGUGGCCGACCUGGCGCGCUGCGGCUCCUGGGACAACCCGGCCAAGCCCCUGCUCUUCAGCGCAUGCGGGGGCUGGAGCGAGACGCGGAUCCUGGAGGUGAGCUCCGACCUGUUUGCGCCGCGGGCAUUGGCGCUGGAGGAGGUCGGGGCGCGGCCGCCGCUGCCCCUGUUCCACUGA